GGGCUCCGUGCUGCAGGCUAAUCUUCAGCUCUGAAAACUCUCCUAGCUGGCAACCCUUCCCAUCAGGUAGCACCACAUUCCGUGCUCUCCUCCUCAGUCCUCAGGUUCUUUGCUUUCACUGCGUUUGCCGCCUCCGUCCAGGCACCAUGACGGACAUCAACUACGAAGACCUGCAUAGGCAGCUGAAGGAGGUGACGUUGGUGGACGUGAGGACUCGGGAGGAGGUGCGGGAGCAGGGCCAGCUGCCCGGCGCCCACGUACUGCCUGUGCAGGAGUUGGAGGAGGCCUUGCAGCUGCCCGAGGACACCUUCCAAAAGAAGUAUGGCUUUCCUCGGCCGGCCCCUGGCGACGCAAGCCUCGUCAUCACGUGCAGGUCAGGCCGUCGUGUGGGCGUGGCUGACGGCAUUCUCAAGACCAAGGGUUUCAACAGCCAUAAGUUGUAUCGCGGGUCAUUUCUGGAGUGGACGGAACGAGGCGGUCCAGUGAUCAAGCCUGGACAACCCUACGAGGCCCAGCAGUGACCUGAGGGGAGGGCUUCCUGAGAACAGCUGCUCCUCCCGUCAUCUAAACCACGCUUCACGAACCUUUGUUGAACGGAGCCCGACUACAUAUAUAUAUAUAUAUAUAUAUAUAUAUAUAUAUAUAUAUAUAUAUAUAUAUAUAUAUAUAUAUAUAUAUAUAUAUAUAUAUAUAUAUAUAUAUUCUUUUGAUUUGAUCUUUCAUGUUAUUAUUGGAUAAAAGUACUUUUCCAAUCAAAUAAAAACAAUCAUUCCUUGAUAAUGCACAAUCUGCUGUAAAUAGAAUGCUCCGCUGGUAAGGGCCAUUCAGAAAUUAUGUAACGCUUUUUUGGUCGUUUUCGAUCCCCCUUUCCCUUUCCCCUUGUCACACAUGCCUUGACCCCCCUAAAAUUUAUGUAACACUAGCCAAUGCUACACACACACACACACACAGACACACACACACACACACACAAUUGGUUCAUUUCGGAAUUUCGUCGCUCUAUCGGCACAUGGCAAAAAAAUCUGAAAGCGUUAUGCGAGACAUGGGUGCACCCUGCCUGCUCCCGUCACACUCGUAACACUUCACCGCAGCCCCCUCACACUUUAGAAGUUACGUAAUCUUAGAACGCUUGCUUAUUUUGAAAGUUUCUUGUACUAAAUAAUACUUUGAGAUCAAACAAGCUUUCGAAUAUAAGUACAUGGUGUUCCCCAAAUUGGGUGGUUUGAAAGGAGGGUUUAUUGAUGGUGCCACAUGACUGCUCUUCAUAAAUAACAUUCUUGUGUGUGUUGCGUCGUGUCCAUAACAUACACUGUCAUAAUGUAGUAACAAAACUUUUCACAGUUUCUCGAGUGUAUAAAGCCUUGGCACGAAUUUAUUUGUUAGUAAGCUGUUAAGAGGCCAUUAAACUUUUCUUUGAUGCUGUU